CGCCCACGCACUCUGCCGUCUCCCCCUGUAAACCCGGGGGCCGAGGCGGGCCGCUUCUGCUUCCGGGUCACGCCUUGACAGCGGCUUCCCCGACCCAUCUGCCCCGCGGUUCGGCAGUUUGGAGCAUGUGAACACACUCUGAGGCUUGAUGAGUUCCAGCAUGUGGUAUAUUAUGCAGAGCAUUCAGAGCAAAUACUCCCUCUCAGAACGCCUGAUCCGAACAAUCGCUGCCAUCCGCUCCUUCCCACAUGACAACGUAGAGGACCUCAUCAGAGGGGGAGCAGAUGUGAACUGCACACACGGCACCCUGAAGCCCCUGCAUUGUGCCUGCAUGGUGUCUGACGCUGACUGUGUGGAGUUACUCCUGGAGAAGGGAGCCGAGGUCAAUGCCCUGGAUGGCUACAACCGAGCCGCCCUCCACUAUGCCGCUGAGAAAGAUGAGGCCUGCGUGGAGGUCCUACUGGAGUAUGGAGCAAACCCCAAUGCACUGGACGGCAACAGAGACACCCCGCUCCACUGGGCGGCCUUUAAGAACAAUGCUGAGUGUGUGCGGGCGCUCCUGGAGAGCGGAGCCUCUGUCAAUGCCCUGGAUUACAACAACGAUACGCCACUCAGCUGGGCUGCCAUGAAGGGAAAUCUCGAAAGUGUCAGUGUCCUUCUUGAUUAUGGUGCUGAGGUCAGAGUCAUCAACCUAAAAGGCCAGACACCCAUCUCCCGCCUGGUGGCUCUGCUAGUGAGAGGACUUGGAACAGAGAAAGAAGACUCCUGCUUUGAGCUCCUCCAUAGAGCUGUUGGACAGUUUGAAUUAAGGAAAAAUGGCAUCAUGCCCCGAGAAGUGACCAAAGACCAGCAGCUGUGUGAAAAACUGACUGUGUUGUGCUCAGCACCAGGGACUCUUAAAACCCUCGCCCGCUAUGCUGUGCGCCAUAGCCUGGGUCUCCAGUACCUGCCGGAUGCAGUGAAGGCUCUCCCACUGCCAGCAUCUUUGAAGGACUACCUGUUACUCUUGGAGUAGCCUGGAUAAGACAUUGCUGCCGCCAGGCAGACAGCUCUGGGUGAGGUUUCCUUGCAAUCCUGUCUCUUUGUUGUGGGACACAGAAAAGAACGUGUUCCUACUGUUGUGUGGUUUAUAGGUUUUGAGGCAACACAUAACAAUAAUGUGUAUACCACCUCCCCUCCCAUCCCAGGCAACCAAACCAAAAACAUUUACCUCACUUCUGUUUGCUGUUUUAUUGCUUAGCUGCCUCUUUAUAUUCAACCCUUGCAAAAGAAGUCUCCCCAAGUCUCCCUAGGACACUUUAGUCAACAGUGUGGCUGUUUCCUGGGAAGAUGGAAAAGUGCUUAGAGCGCGUGCUUUCCCUUUGGGGCCAUGGUGUUGCAUUGUGAAAGAGUUCCUUCUGAAAAGUUCUAGUUGUUCUGAAGUUUAAGAAAUUCACACUCUAGUUAACAAAAAUUAUGUUCCAAGGAUGAGUGCUUGAGCUUCAGAUGGGGUGUAGACUCAGAAUUUAGCAUUCGGGAGCACUUCAUAUGGUACCCAGGGGCUAGUCAUCCAGUAAUAGGGUUUCACAGGGAUAUCUGGCUGCUCCCCACAAGAAGUCCCAGAAUUGCCAUGCCAUCCUUCUAAUGUGGCUCUUUCCCUCAAAACUCCUUUGCACUAGUGAGCUGAGUGAGUGGCCUGCCCCUUAGAUGAAGUCCCUCUAGUAAGGGUGCACUCCAAGGAAGCGUGGCCCUGCCUUUCCCACAGGGCUUCAUUCCCUAAGAGCUUGCAGUUUUUGUUUUUUUGUUUUUUGUUUUUUCCCACUCUCUUGGAACCUUUGCUUUUUAUUGAGCUAUAGAAAAUGGUGGGGUAAGUGGAUCUGGGGACAGAAUACAAAAGGGGUUCUUUGGAACUGGCCCGUCUACCCUAAAAAAGACCCAUUUCUGUGAACAAUGCUCUUCCUUUUCGUGUUCUUAAACUAGAUGAAGUUGAUUUUGGCCUUAAGUGAUCUGUAUGCAAGUUGGGAAGCACUUUUUAAAAAGCUGGCUGCAGACUACACCCAAUGAAUAGGACCUUCUGACGCAGCUAGCUCAAAAAAGUGUGCCUGCUUUUGUUCUUUGCUGUUGCUGGGUUUUGCCCAUUUGAAAAAAAGAAUAAAUAAAUAAUCCUAAAAG